AUGAGGCCCCGCGCCAUCACCUCCGCGAGUCGCGCGGAGUACGACUACGUGGCGCCGCAGACGCAGGUCAUCGCCACUGGCGCGGCGACGCCGCUGACCUGCGCGGCGCGGCCGGCGCCGCCGUUCCUCGGCGACUCGCCGGCCAUCGUCGCGGCGGCCGUGGCCGCCGCGGCGCCGCCGCCGUCGCCCGUCGUCGUCCGGCCGCCGCCGAGGCCGCGGUCGGCGCCGGCGCCGCCGCUGGCGCCGCCGCGGGACGUCGCGCAGCGCGUCGCGGCGCUCGCGGGCCAGGCCGCGGCGCUCGACGCGCUGGCGGCGCGGCUCGACGCGCUCAGCGGCCGCAAGGAGGCGCCCGUCGGCGCGAGCGUCGGGUCCGCGGCGCGGGAGCUCGUGGACUCCGUCGCGCGGUCGCCCGUGCGCGGCACGGCGCCCCUCGAGGCGUCGCUGGAGGACCUGGCCGCGGCCGCGGACUCCGCGGACGCGGCGACGUUCGGGUCCAUGUGCGAGACGCUCAUCGACGUCGACGGCCUCCUGCGGCGCGCCGACGGCGUCGACGACCCGGGCCUGACGGCCGUCGACGUGCCCGCCUGGGCCCGGGGCGACGACGCGGGCUGCCGCGACCGCCUGCUCGCGGAGCGCGCCGUGCACCUGCGGCAGAUUCGGGCGCUCCUCGCCGUCAACGGCCGCCUCGAGGCCGAGCUCGAGAGUCUCCGGGCGUCGCGCGCGCCGGACGAGGCUCCGGCGGCGGACGACGCGCCGCCGACGGCGCGCGUCUUGGACGCCGCGUUCCGCGAGGAGGGCGGCUCGGUCCGCGGCUCGGUCCGCGGCUCCGACGGCGGCUCCGACGGCGGCUCGGACGGCGGCGCGUCGGAGGACGACGACGGGGGCGGCCUCCGCGCGCGCGUCGCCGUGCUCGAGGACGCCCUCGAGGACACGACGGCCCAGCUCGGCGCCGUCGCCGAGGUCGCCAAGGACGCGCGGGCCGCGCUCGACGCCGCGAGCGAGCGGCUCGCGCGAUCCGAGAAGGCGCGCGCGGAGCUGUCCGCGCGGCUCGUCGACGAGGCCGGCGACUGGGAGGCGGACGUCGCGCGCGCGGAGCGCGACGAGGCCCGGCGCUGCGCCGCCGAGGCCGAGGCCAUGGCGCGCGAGGAGCUGGACCAGUGGCGGCGCGCCUCGGGCGUCGCCGCGCGGUCCGCGCCGGCGAGCGUCGUCGGCGUGUCGCGGACGCCGCCGCGCCGCGCCCUCGAGGACGCGGCGACGAGCCCCGUGGACUGCGCGACGAGCGAGACCGCGUCCGACGCGGCGACGGCGACGAGCCCCGAAAACGCCGCGUCUUUCGACGCGGCGACGGCGACGAGCCCGCGGCGGAGCUCCGAAGCGGCGACGGCGACGAGCCCGCGGCGGAGCUCCGAAGCGGCGACGGCGACGAGCCCGCGGCGGAGCUCCGAAGCGGCGACGGCGACGAGCCCCCGGCGGAGCUUCAAGGCCGUCGCGACGGCGGCGACGGCGACGAGCCCGCGGCGGAGCUUCGCCGUGGGCACCCAGUCGGCGGCGGACGUCGCCAGCGCCGCGACGGCGACGAGCCCGAAGCGGAGCUUCGCCGUGGCGACGCAGUCGGCCGCGGACGUCGCGGCGGCAGAGAGCCAGUGGAGCCCCCGCGGCGACUUUUUGGCCGCGGCCGCCUGCCAGUGGAGCGACGACGACGACGACGGCGAGGGGCCCGCCGGGCGGUCGGCCCUCGCGGACGCGGCGCCGGAGGCCGCGGCGGAGGCGCUCGGCGACGCGACGGGCCGCCACCUCGCGCGCGCGCUGGGCGGCCGCGGCGACUGCGGCGCCGACGCGCUCGCGACGAAGCGCAGCGCGCUGCUGCUGAAGCGGCCCCGGGGCACGGCGCACCAGCGCCACAGCCGCGUGCUCCACAACCUGCAGGUCGCGGGCGCGCAGGCCGUCGACGCGCGCGCGGCCCUCGCGGAGCUGCUGCCCGAGGGGGCCCGGAGCCUGCGCGCCGCCGUUAUCACCCGCGCCCCGGCGCCCUUCUCCACCGCCGCCGUCGCCCCGCGCGACGAGGAGGCGGAGUGGGAGGCCGCCUUCCUCGAAGCCACGGACGUCGUCAGCGGCGACAGCGACCACACGGAGUCGAGCGAGGCCCUGCGCGCGCUCGUCAAGAGCGGCCUCCUCAAGCACACGGACCUGCGGGACCGGCCGGACCGCUUCUUCAAGGCCCACCGGCUCCUCGCGCGCCACGCGGUCCGCGAGGGCCCCGGGUUCUGGAUCCGCUUCACGGUGCACUACAACCUCUGCUUCGGCACCGUGCUCGCGGUCGGCGGGCCGGAGCAGGUCGCGGCCAUGGCCGACGUCGAGGCUCAGGGCCAGCUCGGCUGCUUCGCGCUGACGGAGCGCCUCGCGGGCGUGCAGUCCGGGUUGGUGGUGGAAACGACAGCGACGUACGACAAGGAGUCGAAGGAGUUCGUGCUCCACUCGCCGAGCGAGGGGUCCCUCAAGAACUGGAUCUCCCAGGGCCACGUCGCGGACAAGGCCGUCGUCCUCGCGGACACGACCGUCGACGACCAGCGCGUCGGCCCGCACGCGUUCUUGAUGGAUUUGGCGUCGCCGGGCGUGUCGACGGGCGACAUGGGCGUCAAGACGACGGGCAACGACCUCGACAACGCCUGGAUCGCCUUCGACAACGUGCGCGUGCCGCGGACCGCGCUGCUCAACGGCCACUGCGACGUCGACGAGGCCACGGGCGGCUACGUGCUCAAGACGCAGGGCGUCAAGCCCUUCGAGAUGAUCGGCCAGCGGCUGUACACGGGCCGCGUCGCCGUCGCCCAGGCCGCGCUCGCGUUCCGGUCCCAGCUCUUCGACGUGACCAAGGCCUACGCGGACAACAAGUCGAUCCCCGACGUCGCGCGGACGGGCGCGGCGCCGAAGCUCUCGGGCAUCCCCCAGCUCAAGGCGCUCUUCGCCGAGGCCGACGAGACCGCGGCGCUCCUCGAGGACUUCGUGAACAAGUGCGAGGACCGGCUCGCGCCCCUGCUGCGCACGGGCGCCGUGCCCGACGAGGAGUUGGCGCACGCCAUCGCGACGGCCAAGGUCAAGGCCGUCGAGCACUCCAUCGACCUGGCCUGGCGCCUCAAGCAGGAGGUCGGCUCCUACGCCCUCAUGGGCUCGUCGGGCUUCAAGCACCUCGACUUCCUCAACUGCUGCAAGUUCGCCGAGGGCGACUCGCGCAUCCUCAUGCAGAAGAUGGCGCGCGACCGCCUCCGCAAGUUCGCGGCGGACCUCAAGGCGGGCGCCGCGGACGACGGCACCGAGGAGGCGAGGCUCGCCGGCGAGCUCGCGGCGGCCCUCGCGCCGGCCCGGGGCGACAAGGCGCAGCAGGCCGCGCUCUGGGACGAGCACUACCUCCUCGUCUACGCCCUCGCGGAGCAGAUGAUGGACCGCACGAUCCGCGAGUUCUAG